UCUUUCUUUCCUUCUUUCCUUCUUUCUUUUCUUUUUUUUGUGUCUUCUUUCCCACGUUUUCUUUCUUCUCACACUCCACGACCAUGCUCACCCAGUGAACUGAUACAUCCAAAAAAGGAAACACUUGUACAUGUAUUCAUCCACAAACACCCCCUCUGUCUCUCCUUCUGCUUCCCCUUCCAGCUCCUCCAACAGCCUACAUUCCUCUCCUCGCAACCCCCAGCAUCCAUUUAACGCCACCGACUCUUGCUACUCGUCCUCUAUAGCCACAACCAUGAACGCUUCAACCGUGUACGACUUUUCGAACCUCUGUCUGAGCCCACUCCACAGUUGGUCGACUUCAACGUUCAUCGACCCACAACCGAGCCCUAUGCUCCUUCUCAAAGACCCGGUUGUCGACCGCGAGCUACGGUGGAUCGCUCGCAAGUUGAUUCGGAGACAGCGCUUUGCGCAUGAAACCGCAGCAGCGGAGGAUACUGUCGCCCUGCCGGGAUUGUAUGUCAUCUUACCCAGGAACAGCACCGCCAUCAAAAAGAACAGGAGCAGAAGUGGGAGCCAUGGCGGCAGUGUAUGUGCAAUCGACCCCGCGGAGCAGGAUUUUUGUGUGCACUUCCUGUGUGACUAUGGUGCUCCUCAAGAUCAGACUAUCAGAUUGCAUGUCUGCAAAGAUUUCAGCUGCACAGAUGAUGCCGAUACCGAGGGAGAGGGUCAAGAUGGUCUCCGACUUUACGACUUUGACAACUUUCUCCUACACCACACCAUCACGAUGCUGAGUCUUUUACGCGUGCUUCAGGAGAAUGAUGACCCGAAUGUCUCAGGAACGUCUCUCGCGAGCCCUGCUAUGGCAGGGAGGAUCAAAACGGCGAUUCGGUUUCUGGCCACAAGAGCGUACGAGACUCUGCUGAAUUUCCGCGACCAUCCUUCGGCACAUGAGGACGAUCUGAACGAAUUCGAGGCAUUAAUCCCAUCGUUAAAGCAAAGUGAUUUCAUGGAUCCGGCAGAAGCGGUUGCGUACGUUAGUGGGAAUGUGCAUGGGACCCUGGGCGAUGUUGAGUCUACUCAGGAGAACAGCUGGGUUCUUUUUCGAAUGAGCGCCUACACAGGCGUGGAAGACGAUGAGGCGACGUCAAUGCUGUGGGUAUGUCAAGCACAUCAGGAAAUGUUUCGUGAUGCUCCCAGAACAGAGCGACUCGCACGGUUUGUGGAGGAACACCACGGGACAUGGAUUCCGGUCAAGAAGCAGCUGCGGAUUCAGAUGGAAUCGCGAUCGGACGCGCGUUUGCUGUACGAGAUCCUAGACGAAUACAGAGGUGUGCUCGCGAUGGAAAUAGGGCUUUUGUGGCAAAAGAACGAGGGCGACAACAAGGUGACCGACGAAGAUUUGUGGGAGCUGUGCAUUACUGUACACAAACUGGACCUUCGAGAGCUGACGGUGGAUUGCGGCGCUGGAGGCGAUGGCCGUGGUGGUGAAAGUGGCCUUGAUGCGGAUGAUGAGGCCAAGCCGAGCUUCCGACCAUUGCUUGGUAUGAUCUGUCGGCAGGGCUUGGAGACACUGACGGUACAAAAAUUCAACGGUGAUAUCUUUCCAGGAGGUAGGACGAUUAAGGCCGAAGGCGACCUGGCAGCCUUUUCGCUUCAACAGUUCCGAGAAUCGAGCGACAAUGCGUCGACACUGGUGGUGCCGGAAAACAUUUCCCUUCGGAAGCUGUACUUCUUUCGCUGGGAGCGUUACCCCGACAUUCCUGGUUUUACCUCUAUGGUUCUUUGUCUUCCCAACCUGACACACCUCGAGACCCUGACCUCGUGUCUAAAAGAUUUCUUCCUCUCAAUCCAAAACGCUACGACGACCCUUGGAAGUAUUACAUAUGUCGGCAUUAGUGAGUCCGCAUUGGAAUCAGCAGAGAUUACUGUUUGGAGAGUUGCAGGGGGAGGACCUGCGCUGCGUAAAGUCCAGCGCCGUACGAAUAAGGGGCCCAAUAUUUAUCAGCAGAGUCUUCUGGGCCUCGAGAACUACACCAUCACAGAGUGCGCGAGACUGUGGGAUCACCCAGAAGCGCUGCAUAACGUGAUCCACAACAAUAUCGGGGCCUUAACGAGCUUGGAUUUGGCGUGUGAGACCGAGGGUCUAGGGCUGUUAUGGCCGCUUGUCGUGAAGGAACUCAUGGAAGCCGAGGUGAUCGCUGAGGCAGCUGCCCUCGCUCGAGGUGGAGAUGAGCGCGGCCACGAUUAUAAUGACGAUAGUGAUGGUGAUGAGGCUGAGGCUGUGUACAGGAAGUAUGCGGUUCCUCUGCGGUUGGACGAUCUAAAGGGUCAUGCACUGGAAUCCCUUUGUCCUCAGCAACCGGAUCAGACGCGCCUUGCGUUGAAAACCUACGACGACGGAUUUCGGCCGUACAUGGAGCCGUUGAGUUAUACUGCCACGAUUCUCAGUAUCGACUGGGAGUUCAAGAACGCGGAGGAACUAGAAUUGUUGGUGAAGCAUACAUCAGUGGAUGGGCUCUGGUUCUAUGAGCUGUUGUGGUUCCAAACAGAGCAAACGCGUCACCCACGGUUCAUGAGCGUGCUACGCGAGCUGGUACAAAGGCCCGAGGUGCAAACGUUCACGAUUCAGGUUGAUGGUGAGGGACUAGAGCAGAUCCAGAUAUUGCUGCAGAGUUGGAAUGAAUUGACAGGGAUGUCGCUUGGGUGGAACGAGUACGGACGGUGGAUGCAAGAGCUCGUGGAGCAGCUGGAACAUCCGUUCGAGGAGACGUUACGUCUGCCUACGGGAGCAGGCGAGCUAACCUUUUCAUCUGUUGAUUAUGUGGCGAUCGGUGCGGCUGUGCCGGAGGGGUUUUCUGCGAAAUGGACCUCGCCAUCUGGAGUGGUAAAUUGUCGGGGGCCGGUAGUCUACGCGUUAUCGUGUAGAGUCGCAUAAAUGAUAUUUUAUUACUGUAUGCGAUGAUAUUCCGCAAAAGCACUUUUUCAAAUAAAGCUACACCCUCUUUUGACAUACGUACUGUACAAGACUACAAGCUACACAGAGCACCUUAAUUCUAUUUAGGUUUAUG